UCUCUGCAGACGGCAGACUCGGUUCAUGAUCUGCUGCUGGACAUCAUCACAUGGGUGGGAAUCCUGCUGUCUCUGGUCUGUCUGCUCGUCUGCAUCUUCACCUUCUGCUUCUUCCGCGGCCUGCAGAGCGACAGGAACACCAUCCACAAGAACCUGUGCAUCUCGCUCUUCAUCGCUGAAACACUCUUCCUCACUGGCAUCAACCGCGCGGACCAGCCCAUCGCCUGCGCCGUCUUUGCGGCUCUGCUGCAUUUCUUCUUCCUGUCUGCGUUCACGUGGAUGUUUCUGGAAGGCGUUCAGCUCUACAUCAUGCUGGUGGAGGUGUUUGAGAGCGAGCAUUCGCGCAAGAGAUAUUUCUACCUGGCCGGAUACGGCAUUCCUGCGCUCAUCGUGGCCGUUUCUGCCGCAGUGGAUUACCGCAGUUACGGGACGGACAGAGUGUGA